UUCAGCAUGUCUUAAUUACCACUAACUAAGAACAGAGAGAGGAACACAGAUUUUUGCGCAGGGCGAUAACCGCACAUAUGAUAACUUCGAGUCGGCGUUUUGGUUUUCUUUGUAGCCUGGUGGUAUCUUCAUCUGUGUUUACGAAUGUAGGCUCUUUGAACUGCAGACAACAGUCGCUGCUAUGGCAUAAUUACUACAGAAGAAUUCACCAGGUACCUAAUGUAUCAUGGUCAUGGGGUUUGAGGAAAAAGGCUAAGGACUGGGCGGAUUAUUUGGCCGAAAAAAAUUUAUUCGUUCACGAAAAAAAGGAUCCAGGAAAUCUUUUCUUGUCUGCAGGAAAACCUGCUGAGCCCUGUACCGCUGCGGUGAAAGCAUUUUACACUGAGGAGAAAUUGUACGAUUACAGGAAGCCGGAGCAAUUUAAAGGCGCUGGACACUUUACUCAGGUUGUUUGGAAAAACACAAAGUACAUCGGCGCUUUCUACAAAACUAGAAGUGACGGCAAAACUGUUGUGGUGAUGAAAUAUUCUCCCGGUGGUAAUGUUCGAGGUUACUUUGCUAAAAAUGUCUUUCCUCCGAGAAAACCGAUCAUCGUGACAAGCCCUUGGAAGUUCACUGGCGUGACAACAGCAGAUCGGACUUCAACUGGUAACGCAACAUUCAGAAAUCUCACAACACUGGAACCGAAACGAGACGUCACAGCAGGUGCUACAAGUCUCAGAGUCUGGAUAGGGAUGCACUUCGCCUUUCAGUGCUUUUUUGUGGGUUUCCGAUUCCUGUGUUAGAUCACUAGAGGCGAAUAUGAUAACGGAUAAUAAAUUAAACAUGGAGUCGUGUUUUCUAUUGGUAGAAUGAUUCCAGUUAGGUCCGAGGGGUACUGGAAUAGAACGAAAAUAAUCAACUGUACUACAUGUGAAAUAAUUGAUAAAUCUGAAAAUAUCUCCAUUCCUGAUUCAAAGAUGUAAAAAUAAAUGAACUCAGAAACAAUUUUUUAAGUAAAAUAAAA